CCCAAACCAGGCGUCUGGUGAUUCGAGAAAACAACAUGGCUUCUGAAAAAUAGGAUUAUUUUUAUGUAGUUAAUGUAGGCUACUUCCUUGUGUUUAUAAUAAUGAGCGAAGCAGACACUACCAGUCAAGCACAACCUGCCAAACGACCUUAAUUUUAGGUUUCGGCGUAUGCACAUUGUUUUUGUUUUGGAGUUGAAAUACAUAUAGAAGUUGUAAUCAUCAAAGGUCCCACAAUCAUGUAACCAGAAUGCCAUAUGAAGAUAAAUUAGGACGUGUAUGUGGGUUUUUAAAUUUUGAAGAAAUAGAAAGCAGUGGCAGUUUUAUUCGGAGAUAUUUUAUCUUAGAUCAUGCCAAUGGCAGACUGUUCUAUUACAUGGAUAACCCAAUUAACUUACCACCAGCAUGGCAGAAUCCAAAAGGAGAAAUAUAUUUACAGUAUGUAGCUAUGGUCAGUGAUGCACGGAAGUUGAGACCAAAAAUUCCCUUCUGUUUUGUUAUUAAUUAUGAAGGUAGAAGAUAUUAUUUAGAGGCUGAAGAUGAAAAAGAUUUAUUUGAAUGGAUAGAAGCUUUGAAUAAUGCCUGCAAAAUUACUGUUCCUAAAUCAGCAUUACAAGAUGGUGCUAUGGAAUGGUGUGCUGGUGAUUUAAGUCAGACUAGUUAUACAACAGAAAUAGCUGGUGGUGUUGUGUGUAAAUUACCAGUUCAAGAACAGCCAGUAGAGUAUGAAUCAGAUUCUAGUAAUGAUGAAGAAACUUUGUCUUCUGGUAAAAUCUCCCCUUCCAGCUCUAUGAGUAAACAUUCGGGCUCAAGUACCAAAGAAAACAGUAUUACAUUUAAUUGUGAGGUUAUCAGGGAAGAUUCUACUAAGCACAGUUUUAUUGGUUUAAAAUGUGGUUAUUGUGUAAAACAAGGAGCUGUGAGAAGAAGUUGGAAAAGACGAUUUUUUAUACUUCAUGAAGAAGGGUUGUCAUAUUUUCGUACAGAACAUGAUAAAACGCCAAUUCGAACAAUUCCUACAUCAUGUAUUUUAGAAGCAAGAGAACAUGACAAUUCUGGAUCCCAUUCUACAAGCAGAGAUAAUUUAUUUGAACUUAUAACUUCCAGAAGAAUAUUUUAUAUACAGUGUGACACUCCGCAAGAAGUACAAAGCUGGAUAGAUGCAAUAAAAAAUUUAUUAAAGAUGAGAAAAUGUGAGGAAAGAAAGUCAAUGCAACAUCCAAGUAGUACAAGCUAUGAGGAAGGUUGUGGUCAGAAGAAAGUUUGGAUGCGGGAUAGAUUUGUAGCAGAGAGACAAACCACCAAACAAAAGAAGAAAAAUUGGGUUUUUUGGUGAAAUUAAUGUAUUUUUAAUAGCAGAAAUGUUUUUCUACAAAACAAGAAAUUAAUGAAAUCACAAUCAAAUUCUGUUGUCUUUCUAUCACAACCAUCUUCUGCCAGUGAGAAGUCUAUUUAUAUCCACUCAACAGAAUAUUAUAACUUGGAAUUUACCAUAAAACACCUUCUAUGUAUACCAUUAUAGAUAAUGUGAUUGGUCAAUAAGUUCAUGUAUUCUGUACAACAGCUUCAAAGAAAAUAUGUCAGAUGUCAAUGAAGUAGUAAGUACAACAUCAGAAACAAAAUGGAAAAUUUUGUUUUGUUUUUGUGGAUUAAUGUCCGCUUUCACCAAGGGUCAUAUUGCGAACAACUGAAAAAGAUACUGACAUCUACUUUUAAUCAGAUUGAUAAAAGUUAAGCGACCUGCUGUAUCUUACUUUCUUUUUUAAUGAAGCUUGUCACCCAAAUGGCUUCUGGCAAAAUUUAACCAUUUAAUGAAUCAUUGUUUUUUGUUUUAAUUCAUUGUUUUUUUAAGUGUGUUGUAUAUAUUUAUAUCAUACUUAAAGCAGCAUUAUGGAAGAUUAGACAAAGACCUGACAGUUCUCGCUAUAAUAGUUGAAAAAAAUAGAUAAUGUAAAGGGCAUAUGCUGAAAAUUUCAGUCAAAUUACUUCACUCUGUGUCGAGAAAUCCUCAUUUCAAAUACACUGUGGCCUCAGUUGUCAUUGUUACCAUUGUUACGAUAAUAAACAAAGUUUCGAUUAUCUAUUUUUACGGUUAAUCAUCAAUAGCCAUUGAACCGCACAUCAAGUUAAUAUCUGUUAAAAAUCAGACCCAUCAGAUGGCAUUGAGAGUUGAUUAUGGUCUUGUCAUGUUAAUAAAUGUCUAAUUAAUUGUUUAUAUAACUUUUAAGGCCUAAAGAAAGACCUGGAAUAGUCAGAUUUAGAUCUAGCAUAAUGUAUGUUUAAACAAUUAUUGAAAUGAAUGCAACCUGCAACAAAUUAAUGCAUUUUUUUUUUUCUAGCAUUAAUCAUUUAUUUCUUGUUUUACUGUACAUUGAUUUAUAUAUCAGGUUUAUUCAUCUUUAAUACAUAAUUACGGUAUCAGGGCUAACUAUAAAUGCUCAUAUUAUUGUUACUCUAUUCAAUAACAACUGUUGAUAAUGCUCACUUUCGUCCAAUUUAAAUUUACUUGAUGUAUUGUACUGAAAUAUUUUUACUGAAUAUAUUAUGCUUUAAAAUAACAUAAAUGAGGGAAAUAAAUCAUUUUAUAAAUUACUCAGCUGUCUCUCACUACUGGCACAUUGUCUUACAGAAAAUAUAUUAAGAUCCAGUAUACAUGUAUAUGGUUUGCACAAUUAUUUUCAUUAUGCAUUAUAUUAUCUUUUAUAGAGCAUUAAUGUUUAAGGCAGGUUAUUCCAAACACCUUUCUCUUGACAGUAAACUAAUUUACAUUUAUAAAAUAGUUUAGCCUGUGGGGAGAAAGUUAUUUAAAUGUAUAAACUUUGUUUACUGUUUUACAUAGCAGAUUGUUUAUUAAAUUAGAUGUAAUUUAAAUUAAUGAUAUAUUCCUUUGACAACCCAUUUAAGUAUACAUGUAUAUUAAAAAUGAUAAUCAAAUGAUUAACAAUGGCAAGCACUGAUAAUUACUUCUUUUUUUUUUUUUUAAAGCUAAAUGUAUAUCGGUUAUUUUACUAAUACUUUCUUAAAUAAUAUUUUGGUCAAAAAUAAAUUGAUAUCCUAAUAUAUCUUUGCUUACCAAAACCAAUUUUCUGUACAGUGCUGAAUACUCGAUUUUAUAUGCCCACAUUAUAUGUGGCUUUAGAUUGUCCUUGGUCCAUCCAUACAAUACUUGCUCUUGAUUUAUUUUGUGCUUUUUGAAAAACCUAUUCCAGAAGGCAAGUUGUAACUAUUAAUACCAUGCCUUACAAAGGUUGAGUACUAGCUAGAUUUCAGAGACUGGUUUCAGGGGUAAAAAUACAAAAAUUUCAGAACUACUUACUGCAGAAAUAAAGAUGAAUAUAUUUUAAGCAUUUUCAAUUUCAAUUAGAUCAGUUAUUAGCACUAUUGCUUCUGACUUUUGAUUGUUGAUUAAAUAGUACAUGGUUAUUGUCCCUGUAACAAGAUCUGGUGCAUAAUCAACAUGAGUGUUUUUUAAGUCUUUUUUAAAACUCAACUGAUUGUUUAUAGAGAAUAAGCUCAAAUAACCUUGUGCACAAUGUAAUAAUUUGAAGGUGUGGAAUAAGCAGAUGCUAAAAUAAUGACACAGUGGACAUAAUGUAUUACCCUAUCUGGCAAUCCUUGUUUAUUAGUAGUCCUAGUAAUAACCAUUCAUUCCUUCAUGAUUUUAUGGAAUACAAUCUGGUUAAAACACAGAUCCUAUUUUGUUUCGUUUUUAUAGUUCAAAAUUUCGUUUUACUUGUCUUUACUACACUUGGAUCUGGAAGAGUUGUUAUUUAACUCGUGUUCUGAAUGGUGUCAGGGAUAAGUCAAUGAAACGGUCUGUUAUGGCGAGCCUUAGGCAUAUUUUUCAGGGAACUGUGGGUAAUCCAAUAGUAGCAUCAAUGCUGAUUGGUUAAUCAAAUUUCUGACGUCAAAAGGGUCAUAAGUCGGUCUUUUGACCCCUGACGUGACCUAUCGCUAUAACUUGUCAGAUCUUCAUGUAGUGUAGGCCAUCGAAAGUAUAAAAAAAAGAAACGAAAUAUAGAUCUGUAUUUAAAUCAGAUUGUAUGGAAUAAGACUUACAAAAAUCAAAUUACUUAAUGCUCUUUUCAUGAAAAGACAUGAACAAUUUGAUAUUAAGUGUGUGUUACCCUUGUUUAUCUGUAACCUUAUUGCCACUUUGUAUUGUUUUAAGUUUUAGUAUUAUUCUAUUGCUUCAAAUAAGUGUUAUGAGUGUCAUGUAUUUGAUAUAAUUAUAAUUAUUACUUUCACCAGUGGCGGACUGGGUCUGAAAAUACUGGUUGCCAGGAGACAAUUCUAUCAUUUAAUUUUUAAAAUGAAUAGAUUAAAAUAUGUAAGUGGAAACAAAAAGAUAUAACUAGAAUUUUCAUGCUAAUAAUUUUUUUUCUAAUAUUUAUAUAUUUUUUGAUAAUUUAUAUUUUAAAUAUAUUGUCUAAUAUCUAAGGGGGCCCACUUGCCAUUGGGCAAGCUGACAACCUGGCCAGUCCGCCACUGACUUUCAGUAACUUUAGAAAUGCAAUUUCAUGUACUUUUUUGGGGUAAUUGACAAUUGUAAAGAUGACUUUUACAAUAACAAAUUAUAAUGUAAGCGUUAUUACACUAUAAUAUAUUGCUUUUAAUUUUUAAUUUGCAUGAACAGUGUAAAACAAAUUCUUAAAAGGAACUGUACUAAAAAUGUUCAAUUGUGUGAAGCCAACUAGUGAAAUAUAAAAUAGACAAACUUAAAACUAUUAUUACUAAUAUUUGUGCAAUUCACUUUUAUUAUAUCCACAUGAUGCAACAGCCUAUAUGAACUGCCUGGGAAAUAGGGAUUAGUACUGAAAAUAAAGCAUUUAAAAACUAUUUUUGCAUAAUUGUGACCCUUGCUUUGUUAGCAUCUUUCAAAAAUUUGUACGAGUCGACUUAGCUGCUGAUAGUCAUAUAUUUUGUUGCCUGGCAACCAAAGUUUUCCUCUGAUGCGCAUAAGCAUAAACCUUUAAGCAGGAUAUGUAAAACAUUAAUAUUAAUCAACUAACACAAAAUUUUAACCUAAAUGAUUUCGAAAUAAUCUAUCUACCAAUAUUUGCUUACUCAAACAGAAAGUUUUUAAUUGAUAGCAUUUUUUGGAUUUUUGACCAGUAGUAAUGUUUUAUGUUAUCAAAUAUUUUAGUGACAUUAUUUAAAGGGCUGUAUAGAAUGAUAACAAUAUUAUCAAACCUAUGAUUGUCUUUCACACCCAAUAGCUUUAAUUGUAUUUUAUGUAUUAUUAAUAUUUUUAUUGUGGAUACAUGUCUCUAAUAAUGUUGAUUGUGUCAUUUUUAUUUAUUUUUUCAAACAGCUUUAAUUUUUAUGCCUUUUUUUUUUUAAUUGUUACUCUUUUGAUGCAUAUCUUUAAAAGAAAAACAUCAUUAUCUUUUGGUUGUUGAGAUAUUUUCUAUAAUUUUUAAUACAGUCUGUAUGCAGAUUAUGAACGAUUGAUCAUCUCUAGGUUGGUGUAAAAAGCUUUCCAAGCUGUGAACCAAUGAUACUCUGGGGUUAGGGCUAGUUAAUUGAUCAUUCAGUAUUUAAAUGAUCUAGAAGGCAGGUGGGCAGGAAGGUGUUUUACACAAGCAGUUAUCUGCAUUUCAUUUUAAGGCUACUGUACAUCACUAAAACAUUUUGAUCGAUAUAAUAAUUAAUUUCAUUUGUCAAUAAAUGUAAGGGUUUAUAAAAGUGAAAGCUUAUAUUAUAGCUUGUGAUUGGAAUAAAAGCUCAAAUCAGAAUUGACAAUUGUGAUGAUUUCUCACAAAAUAUAUUUAUGAUUUUUUAAACCCAUUUUUAUGUUAUGUUCCUAACUAUGAAAUAUUUUCAUUCAUAGAACUUUUACUAUUUUUAUUAUUUUUAUCCUGUACUAAAAUAUAAUGAAGGAUUACUGUAUUCCCUCAUUACAAAACCAUGUUCUAUGUCAGAAAUCUGAAUUAAUUAUGUAAGACUAAGAGUAGGAUUUAAUCCCUUAAUGACAAAAAACAAUAUUGUAGAAACUGUAAUUUUGCAAUAAAUAAAUUUACAAGCACACAGUUCCCAGGAUAUAACCUAUUAUUUAUGCCUGGUUCACGAGAGUGUUGGUAUUCUUGUGCAUCAGAACAAGAACAUAGAAAUAUUUGGAAAAUAGUUUCAAAUUAAAACUUUCAAUCCUCCAUUGUUUGUGUUGAAUGUAUAGUCAGAAGAGAAACAUCUUGUACUGGACUGUGUUCGAUUCUUGGUUGGUUUAGGCUGUCUUCAUUUUGUCAGUAAAAAGGAAAUGAAGUCUAAUCACCGGAGGCAAUUUGCUACUUCAGUGUGUUCAAGGAAUAAUUUUUAGUCAGAAAUUUGCGCAAAUCAAUAGUAUACAGUACACCUAGCACAGUGCAUCAUACAGACCCUAUUUGUUUUUUUGUAGAUUAAAUAAUUAGUCAUUGUAUUUUCUAUGUAAAAUUAGAUUGUUCACUUGUAUAUAUGUGGUGCUAAAUAAAUAUCAUGACUUAUACUA